AUGACAAAUAAAAGUACAAUUCGUCGUCGUCAAGCUAAUAAAACAGCAAUAAGAACUACCACUGCUUCUACUUCCUCUACUUCAAUAUCUCUACAAACUUCAUCAAACAUUGAUGAGAAAUUAAAACUAGCAGAAAAGCUAGAUUCAUUAAAAAUCAAGAACAUUUAUUUUAAUAAAAAUGAAAAUUCUGUCAUUAAAAUAUUGUUUGUUAAAGAAUUUUCAGAAAUUAAAACAAUAUUGACACCUGCACCUAAUUCAAGGGCGCAAGGAACCCCAAGACCUCAAAAUGCAUAUAUAAUAUUUCGUUAUAUGCUUAAUCGUAUAGUACAGUUUGCAACACAACAUUUAGAAGCUAGAGAUAAUAUUAGGCAUGGUUGGGAAAAUAUGGUUGUGACAGUUGGAACAUCGAAAAAAAUAACGCUGGCGUAG